AUGCAAACAAGAACAUCAUCUUUUAGUUCUCUCAUCUCCUCUUUGGCUCUUCCACUCUUUCUUGCGAUCACAUUCGUGCCAGAAAUCUCCGCCUCAGUUCCCAGACACGACUUCGUCCCCAUCGCUGAAUCACCCACCUUGACUUCACCCUCAGCUUCAGCCAGUGCAACCGACUUCGCAGCCGCAUGCUACGCCUCCCCGCUGCCCGCAUCUUCAAUCCUUCCGCCGAGCACAGACAACCGCACGGUCCCCUGGGGUACCCCCAGCAUUAUAUUCCCAAAUGGAACAACAUGCUGCGCGUCCCUGGACGAUGUAAGGGCCGGGAUUGACGCGGUAGACGACCAGAUUCUGGCACUGCUUGCUCAGAGAGCUGCCUAUGUCCGCGAAGCGACCCGCUUUAAAGCAACGCGCGACACCGUCGACGUCCCCGCGCGCGAUCAGCAGGUCAUCGACGGCGCCGUGGCCAGCGCAGCGAGCGUUCACCUCCCUGCAACAAUCGCGGGCGCCGUAUUCGAGUCCAUCAUCAGCGCAAAUGUACCAUUUGAAGAGUGUGUGGUGAGUAGUUUGUAA